CGCCUAAAGAUACGAAUGUCACGUUUUGAUCCAAACAAGGAACCCAACCCUUCUAUCUCUCUCUCUCUCUCUCUCUCUCUCUCUUAGUUCAGAAACCGCUUCACUCUUUCUCUCUCAACCUUCACUCACUACUCACUCUCCCUACACUGCAGAGUAAAGUUGGCACCGAUGAUGAGCAGCACCCUCUCAUGAAACCGCACCCAAUGCAAAAACCCUUCGCACACCGCCAUAGUAGAUCCCUUUCCUAGAUCUUCUCCCUGCAUGCGCCAUUACUCAUUCCAAAGGGGUUUUGGGCUUCGAGGGGUUCACCCGUUUGGCGCAAAAGCGAAACCUUUGGGCCCUUUCCCAAGUGGGUAGCUCCGCAAUGGCGCGUUUGGAUUGAUCCUUAUUUUUUUUAGAGGGUUUAAGGGGUUUUGAGAAAUGGGUAGCUCCGGUGAGUCGAACAUGAACGGAAUCGACGCGUCCGUCGGUGGCUUGGUUUGGGUCCGACGCCGAAACGGGUCCUGGUGGCCGGGUCGGAUAAUGGGUCACCAUGAAUUGUCGGAGAGUUGUUUGGUUUCUCCGAGAUCGGGUACACCCGUCAAGCUCUUAGGUCGUGAGGAUGCAAGCGUGGAUUGGUAUAAUCUUGAGAAAUCCAAGCGGGUAAAAGCUUUUCGCUGUGGAGAGUAUGAUGAAUGCAUUGAGAAAGCAAAGGCAUCUGCUGCAAAUUCAAACAAGAAGGCAGUAAAGUAUGCUCGCAGGGAAGAUGCUAUUCUUCAUGCUCUUGAACUAGAGAGUGCUCACCUGGACAAGGAACCAUUAAGCUUAUGCUCCAGAUUAGAUAAAUCUGGUAGUGAUAAUGGAGGAUCAGCUGGAGAGUUACCACUUAUGUCUAAUUCUGAAGAUGACAAUGAGGAUGUGAUUGAUGAUCCGAGUGACUCUGAUGACAAUUCUAAUUCAGCUCCAGAAUUGUCACAAUCUGGCAUAUCUUUUGAAGAGCCUAAUCACAAUGGUUCUUUAAAGAUGCAAUCUGUGCAAGGAAGGAGGAGGAGAACACCUAAUGAUUCAGAAGAUGAUGGAUCUGAAGGAGUCAAGCGAAUGAGAGGACUUGAGGACCUAGGCAUUGGUGUAAUGUCAAAAAGAAAGGUCCAAGGUACAGGUACAUCGGAGAUUGUUCAGCACAUUAGUGCUUCACUCAACAAUUCAACCACAGGGAACUGCCUGGCAAAUGGGACUUCUGUAAAUGGUGGUAAAGGUUAUUCUGCGACAAUGAAAAGGAAGAGAUCACAAGUGGCAAAUGCUCCUGAACUCCUGAAAAGGAAAAGUCGACGCCGACCAUUGACUAAGGUUUUGGAGAGUACAGCCAUGGUGUCAGUUCCUGUCAUUUGUGAUCAACUUCUCAGUUCAAGCAGUUCUCCACUUUGUGGGGUAACUGAUGGAAGAAUUUCAGGAUUAGAUUCUAAUGAUUCAAAGAAAACUUUUCCAGUGACAACACUUAAUUCAGAUGGUAAUGAGGCUGCUUGUGAGAAUGGAACUUCAUUAAUUGUUCAUGACCAUGGUAGUGAUGAUGCUUCCCAGAUCAAUCAUGGGGUCAAGGAGAAUGAGACUUCUGGCAUACCAGAGCUAGUGGGCAAAAAUUCUCCUGAAAAACUAUUUGAUGUGCCAUUUGUUGGGGUUCUAGGGGAGGAAAAACGCACUCUGGGUUUCUCAUCUGUACUAGUUUCUUGUUCAUCUGGCAAGCCUCAAGUUAGUGCAUUGGGACAACCAUCUUGUAAUGCUAGUCAAUGUGAAGAUGUGUCUUUGAGAACAGCUGGUCACAAUAUUGGCCAUAGAGCAGACAAAAGUAGUUCAAAGUGGCAGUCAAAAGGAAAGAGGAAAUCGAGACAUACUAGUAAAAAUAUAAAGCAACUCUCAAGAAAAUAUGAGGACACGGACCAUCAAUCCAGUGCUUAUUUGCCAGGAAUAGGAAACUCAGAUGGAAUCUAUCAGGGUGCUGGUCAGAAAGUUGAUUGGAAUGAAAUGGGUGCCCCUAACACUUCAUACAAUUGUACUUCUCAAGUUAAGGGCAAACCUGUUGCUGAAGGCCAACUAGAUGGAUUUCGGGACUUGAAGCAUAUCAAGGGUACAACAGUGGAGGCAAAGCUAUUGCCCGAUGUAUCUCUCACACCUCAGAGAUUGCUUCCUUAUCGCCAUUCACGCUUUACUGUUAACUCCAGAUAUCAAAUGUCAGAUUUUCCUGGAAGAAAUCAUUGUUCUGAUGCUUCAUUAUACGAUGUUAAGCUAGAAGUUAAAUCCAGCUACCGGCCACAGCAUGUGCCUUUGGUUUCUCUUGUGAGCAAACUGAAUGGCAAAGCCUUCAUUGGACACCCUUUGACGGUUGAGGUUUUGGAUGAAGGUCAUUGUGAUAAAAUGUUGAGUGGCAUUGGAUGUGACUUGGAGGCUAGUGAUGUCUACUGUGUGGCCAAACCAAAAUUGGUCAGCGGAAGAAUACGAUCCAAGAAUUUGAGGCGUUUAUCUAGUAAGUCUUCCAAGAUGAAAAAAUCUGGGCUUUCGAAUAAAAAGAUUCGGAAAUUGUCAUCAUUGACAGGUCACAGGCAGUCAGAAGAGGGGAGAAAACCGGUGGUAGAUAAGCUGAAGGGUCCAGUUAUAGCCUGUAUUCCCCUUACAUUGGUAUUCAGUAGGAUACAUGAAGCAGUGAGUGGUCAGGCACGGUCCACACACCGUGCAAUACCAACAUCUAAUCCAUGACUUGUGUUGUUGGGAAGGAUUUAGAAUGAAUGGAUGAUGCUGCGGAUAAAUGCUUCUUUGGUAAUUUGAGAGAUUUUGGUUUAGUUAUGCAGACCAUAAUAUUAUCUACUUAUUUUUAACUAUAUGCACAGUUUGCAGCCCCACAUAUAUGAAGGUUGAAUCUUCUGUACAAUUUUCAAGACAUUUUCAUGUAGUGGUAGGGAGUUAUAAAUCAUCUGAGGCUUCUCCUGGCUCUGUAAAUAAUGUAACAUUGGAUGAGGUGUAAAGAGGGAUAUGGUCUAGUAUUAGGUGUUUGACCUGAUAUUAGGUUCUUAUAAAGUAAUGAAUUAGGAUGUUACGGAGGUUCAAUAACUACAUUUUAUACUCAUGUUGGAUUUGGAGUCGAUAGUUUAUACCUCUAUGAAUCCUACAAGGCUAAAACAAAGAAAAAUGCAAUUAUGAGAACAUUUGGAUCAAUCCCCAUUUCAAUUUAUUGUUUGUAUGGAACCUUGUUAUGCAUAUCAAUACAUAUGCCGGUUGCCCA